UAAUGUCAAUUGAGGGAAAAUAAGCUCACAGCUAGCAUUUCCAAUCGGGUUUGGCGUGAAGCACGAGCGGGUUCGGCUUGUAAACGACUGUGUUCAAUUUAGAUUUUUAUUGUUCCGCUUAUAAACAUUCCGAUUUUAUUACUGUGAAUCAUCUAUUGUGAGAUACAGUACUGGAAUAACCAUGGCCACAUUAGAAGAUAAACUUUUGGGUGAGAAAUUGCAAAACUAUUGUAGUAGCAGUGAAGACGAAGGCGAAUCUGACGACGAUAGAAGUGGAGAUGAAGAGGGUGAGCCUGCUAAGGCUCAGGUGGCAACAAAUGCUGAACCACCGCCCAUCAACAACUGGACUGGACAGGCCAGCAACACUGGCCCCAAAGGAGUCCUAGAAGAUUGGCGCAGGUUUAAACAGUUGGAAGCGGAAAAUCGUGCAGAGCUCGCCAAAGAGCGCAUCGCCUUAGCGAAGAAGCUCACUUUAACCGUCAAGCCGGAGAGAGAAGAGGCAAAAGACAAGCAGAUAGAAGAACUAGAGGAUGAAUUAUCUGAGCUUAUGGAUGAAGAGUUCCUCUUGCAAUAUCAGAAGCAGAGAAUGGAGGAACUCAUGAGCCAGUUGCAGAAGGUACCUAAAUUUGGUGUACUUACAACUCUUAACAGCCAAGAGGAGUUUUUAUUUGCUAUUGAUAAGGAGGAUCCCAAAGUGACAGUGGUUAUUCAUAUCUACAAUAAUAGCACUAGAGCUUGUGAGACCAUGGAUGGCUGUCUGAACAUAUUGGCUUCUGACUACCCAACCAUCAAGUUCUGUCGCAUAGCUGCUGACCUCACCGGGCUGAGCAAACACUUCCGUGUAGAUGGUGUACCGGCACUAUUAGUGUACAAGGGAGGCCAAAUUAUUGGCAACUUUGUGCAGUUGGCUACAGAGCUUGGCAAUGAUUUCUUUGCUGUGGAUGUUGAACGCUUCCUCAUUGAAUAUGGGAUGCUACCUGAAAAGUAAUAAGUUUAAUAUUUUGGAAUCCGCACCUCCUUCACAAAAGUAAUCUUAAUAGCAUCAUUAAGAUACAAUAUUUUAUUUUCUUAGUUUAUGUGUUUUUGAAAGGAUUAGUUAAAUUAAAUUAUUUUUUUAAACAUCAUUAAUGUGUAAGCAUAGCUUUAAGGAAACCUGUUCUCAUAAUUUUAUUGAAUCAACAGUGAAAUGUGUCUAUACCAGUGUUCAAGGAAAAUUUUACACAUGGUUAUUUUAAGAGUUUAUUUGUAUUAUUGCAAUAUUUGCACCUUUAAUAAACUUUGUAGUUAAAUAAUCAUUUUAUACUCAUCCCACCAAUGAUAUUGUACAAGGUUGUUGGAACGCGAGCUACGAGCUAGUUUACGGGUUAACAUGUAUUAUUUACGUAGCACUUGUUUCUCAAGGAGCUGUUGAUGCGUCAUUGUCUUGUAAAUGUAUGUCACCUGUGUUGAUGUUUACAUUUGUGUCUUGUGACCAACAAGCAACAAUUCAUGUCAAGUUGGAAAAAUUGGUGUAACUGUCUUCAUUCUAUCUAUUAAGUGCAUGUAGCUACAAUCAAUUUUGUACAACAUUUUUAUAAAUGGAAUGAAUUUAUUCAGCCAAAGUAUAAUAAAUUAAUGUAAAAUUUUCCACCCUAUUGUGUAAUCUAAAAUAAUUUGUUAGCUUAUAUUGGUAGCAAUAUUUAGUGCUAGUUUUUGAUGUUUGUGUGUAAUGUUAAGAUUUUGUCAGCCUUACUAGUUUAUAAAUGCAGUGUUGUGCUGUCUUCUGGGUAAAAUAUAAUUAAUAUAUUAGUUGGUUACAUUUAGCUAAUAUGUUUUGCAGACUUAAGCAAAAAAAAAACUUAAAUUCAAAUAUAUUUUUUUGCGUACUUUCAAUUAAGUGACAAUGAAGACCAAGAUGCAUUUACUUAUUAAUUUAGUACUUACCCAACUAAGCUGUUCGGAAUAAGUAAACUUUUUAAUCAAAUAUACCAAUUUAGGCUGCAUCAUAAUAAUCCGCCUGUGUUGAUUAAGCGGGUGCUAAUCAGUAAUAAACCUUUAUAAAAUACCUCGUAAUGUAGGUAUUAUUAGAUUGUAAUAAACGUGAAUUUUAUGUA